AUGGACCAUCGACUUACGAUGCAUAACGAAACCAGGGUGGACUCCUACCUCAACGAUUUGGUUGGAGAUCGCUUCGUUGUGUGUUUCACUACCUUGGUCGUCACCCUGCUCCUUUCUCGCAUCUUGGCCAAGCCCGUCAUCAACCUCCCGGAGUUGAACCCCAAGAAGCCCAAGGAGAUUCUCAUUCAAGGCCGAGAGCGCUUCCACAACAAGCUGUACAAAGCGUACUGUGACUGGGGUGAGGUCAUUGUUGUUUCUCCUGAGCACAUUGAAGAGCUCAGAAGUGACAUGCGAUUGAGUUUCAUGGUUCCAGCAAACGAUGAUACUCACGGCUAUAUCCCUGGUUUUGACCCUUUCCAACUGGAUGAGCGUCUCGCUAAGCUUGUGACGAAGCACUUGACCAAAGCACUGACAAAACUUACCGCGCCAAUUUCCAAAGAGGCUGCUUUUGCCCUUCGCUCGAUCUUGACAGACUCAUCCGCGUGGCAUGAGAUGAACCCGAAAGAAGAUCUAGUCCGCCUCGUUUCCCAGAUGUCGACGAGGAUCUUCCUAGGAGAAGAAUUUUGCAGGAACGAAGCCUGGAUCAAUGCAUCAGGAGACUAUACUCUCGCUGCAUUUGAAGCAACUGACCCCGUCAGAAUGUGGCCUCGUCUUCUCCGCCCGGUUGUUCAUUGGUUCAUGCCAAUCUGUUGGGACCUCCGACUCAAACUAGCAGAUGCCCGCCAGACUCUCGAGCCCUACAUGGCAAGCCGCAACGCGAUUAAGGCCGCCGCUCUGGCCAAAGGCGAGCCAUGCCCAUUUGACGACCUCGUUGAGUGGUGGGAAAGCGAAUACGGUCCCUCAAACAACCACGUCAUCAACCAACUGACCCUCACGAUUGUGGCGAUUCAUACGACCAGUGAUCUUCUCCAGCAGACGAUGAUUGAUAUUGCAAAGAACCCGGAACUCUUUGCGCCACUCCGAGAAGAAGUCGUCCAAGUCUUGGGCUCGCAAGGUCUCAAGAAGACUGCGCUGUAUAACCUCAAACUGAUGGAUAGUGUGUUCAAAGAGUCGCAGCGGCUCAAACCUGUCUUGCUCGGAAUUUGGCGGCGGCAGGCUCUUGCAGAUGUCGAGCUUUCGGACGGUUACGUUAUCAAGAAGGGCCAGAAAGUCAUCGGGGAUAGUACUCACAUGUGGAGUUCGGAUUACUAUACCGAUGCCCAGAAGUUUGACGGGUAUCGUUUCAUGAGGCUGCGCGAAGCUACGGGGGGCGAAGAUUCGGACAGCAAAACGGCGCACCUGGUAAGCACGAGCUCGAAGCAUCUUGGUUUUGGACAUGGACUGCAUUCCUGCCCUGGACGCUUUUUUGCAGCCAACGAGGUCAAGAUUGCGCUCUGUCACCUUCUCCUCAAGUAUGAUUGGAAGCUGUCUGAGGAUGCCAAACCAGACUCCAAUUGGACUGUAUUUGGCAUGACUAUCAUUCCAGAUCCCAGCAUCAAGCUUAUGGUGAGGAGACGGCAGGAGGAGAUUGACAUUGACUCUUUGGAGUCUUCGGAAUAA